AUGUCUGCUCGCAUGGUUGACUCGAGCGUCGAGAACUUCCGUGAUCUCGAGCUCAGAUAUAUCUGUGAAGAAGCUGCAAAGCUUCAUCAUCGCCUCGCGCGUCUUCCCUUCGACCGUACUGAAGGUAUACCGCUCGACUAUGUUCCCCAGCGUGGUGGAUACGCUCUGAGUAGCCUCAGCAUACUAGCAGCAACUACAAGCGGGUACGGAGCAACAACAAGCACUGCUGGAGAGGUCAUUGGAGCAGACACAUUGCGUAAAUUUUCGCAUGUACCGCUCUCCGUAGCUUACAAGUACUACGUCGAAACGCUGGACUGGCCAAUUAUGGGGUUCGCCGACGCGAACGAUGCACUGAGGAUCAUAACCGGUUUGGUUCACAUUCGACUCGAGCACGCCAAGGAGACUGGUAGCCUCGACGGAGACGUCUCAGGUAUUCUCCAGGCAGAACUUCGCCGGGGGGUCCAAUUGGCGACAAUCUUGCAGCAGACUGCAGUAAACGAAGGUACCAAGAAGGAAGCAAGCGUCAAUAUGAGCAAGGUACUCUCUCAGCGGGGAGUAUUCGAAAGGUUCUCUUCAGUAGAGACGGCCAGAGUUACGUGGAUGGAGGCAAAAGCUCUCCUCGAGAUGUCGGCCAAUAUGCAACCUACUACUUUCGACGCAGUGGAGAAGAAUAGAGUAACCAUAUUGGAGGAGAUUACUGAAUAUCUUGCCAUGGACGAUUAA